AUGGAAGAUGAUACGGAAUUGCAAUCGUUUUUGCCGAAGUAUAGUCUGAAAUGUCCUCCAGUGACUGUCGAAAGCACUCCUCAAUUGACCAAAAGAACGAAAGUUGAGUUUACGGUCAAGAGUGUCAAGCCCACCUGUUCAAGCCAAGUUAUUUAUACAAGGGGUGAGUUUGAUUUCGAUCCAGACUUUACAAUCCAGCAGGCCGCCAAGUAUGCUGCUUCGAACUAUCCACAAUCGAGUCUGGCUCCAGUAUUCAGCGAUGUGUGGGUUUCUACACAGAUGGCAAUCCCCAAUCUCCAAUUGUCGUUAUUGAUGCCAAAGGGAGCGUCCACUCCGUUUUCGGGGAUACUGAUAUCAUGA